AUGUCCGAAGAAUUCGACUCCACGCCCGCCCAUGAGGUAGCUUUGAUGGGGGGCGACACCGAAAUGGUCGAAAUCCACGAGAGCACCGAGGUUGGCGGGGUCGGCAACGCGACCACCUCAGGAGAGCUCCCUUUUGCCAACGAAGCUCUGACGGAGAAGAGGACGUCGUUCGUGAGCUAUUUGAUGAGUCCCGUGGUCACGCUGCUGGUUGGUAGCGACGGGAACGGGGCGAUUUUGACGGCGCAUCAGGCUCUGCUAGUCCAGAGCCCUUUCUUCAGGCAGGCGUGCGCCGGGUUCACUGAGGAUGAUAUCCCCCGCCAGAUCGACCUCGCGGACGAAAACGUCGAUGCGAUAGGCUCCUUCCUCGAAUUCCUCUACACAGGCGACUACUUCCCCAAGAAAAUCCCUGGUCAACGCACCUUAGAAGAAGACCCAUCCCUCCCCGCGGUAGACGACGACGGCAGCCAACUCCUCCGGCACGCGCGGGUCUACACGCUCGCAGACAAGUUCGACGUCCCGACUCUCAAACAGCUGGCGACGUCCAAGAUCCACUGCGUCAACUCGACGGCCAAGGGGGAGAUCGCGUACGCGAGGUACGUGUACGGGUAUACGAGCGCGGACGACGCGGCUAUACGGGCGCCGAUUGCGAAUUUUUGGGCGACGAGGUCGCAUACGUUGCGGUCGGAGGCGGAGGACGAGUUCAAGGCGUUGUGUUUGGAGUUUCCCCAGUUUGGAUACGACGUUCUCACUCGCGUAUUGGACGAGAAGCUCAAGCGCGAAAGGAGCGAGAAGCUACACCCUCAGACAGUCAGCGGUCGCAAACGACAGAGACAGAGUCUUGUUUAA